UCGGGAGCGUGCUCUGUGUGGCCGCCGCCGCCAUGUUGUUGUGGUUGUGAGAAGGCGGCGGCAGCGGCGGUGGCGGAGGCAGCAGGUCGAGACGCUCCAGCGGCCCAGACCCUGCCCCCCGCCGGCCCUGGCUGGGAGCCUUGUGGGGUGGCGGAGGAGGCCGUGCCGUGACGGGCCUCGCCAUGUCCUGCCGCCCGAUUUUCUUGUGAAACGUUGCAGUAGAAAAAGUUCUUGGGACAAACUUCAUUUGAUCCAGGCAUAAAGGAAAGAAAAGCCUUGCCAAGAUACCGAAGAAAGGACGGGGAUCUCUCCUCCUAAUCUGGGCCUCCUGUCAUGGAUGAAGAGACUCGGCACAGCCUUGAGUGCAUCCAGGCCAAUCAGAUCUUUCCCAGGAAGCAGCUGAUCCGGGAGGAUGAGAAUCUUCAGGUUCCUUUCCUUGAACUUCAUGGAGAAAGCACAGAGUAUGUGGGCCGUGCUGAGGAUGCCAUCAUUGCCCUUUCUAAUUACAGACUUCACAUCAAGUUCAAGGAGUCUCUGGUUAAUACCGCCUCUCAAUCUGCUGCUUCUGCAAUCCCAGUUCCAUUACAGCUUAUAGAAAGUGUUGAAUGCCGAGAUAUAUUUCAGCUUCAUUUGACUUGCAAAGACUGCAAAGUUAUCAGGUGUCAGUUCUCAACCUUUGAGCAGUGUCAAGAGUGGCUGAAGAGACUGAACAAUGCAAUCCGACCACCAGCUAAAAUAGAAGAUCUCUUCUCAUUUGCAUACCACGCUUGGUGCAUGGAGGUCUACGCCAGUGAAAAAGAGCAACAUGGAGACCUGUGCAGGCCAGAUGAUGAAACAGAGGUCCAGAGAGGCCAGGUGACUUUUCUCAGGACAAAUAAAGAAGUUGGGCCUAUACUGGAACCUAUACUUCCUGACUCCUCAACCCCUGAGCGCCCAACCAUUGUGCUUCAUCAAGAGCCAGAACUGGGUGAUGCUGCUCUAAGGAGCCAUCCAGGCACCAGCCUUCUUGUGCUCCCACAGGGCAUUCCUGAGCAGCAGGGUGGGAACAGUAUUCUCCCCAGUUCUCUCCAGGAGCCCCCCCGGGGAGAGGAUGCCCAGGAGGUCCCUGUGGAACAGUCUCGAAUAGGAGUUAUCACACAGGACAGGGAGGAGGCAGUCCUUCCAAUCUCAGUAGAUGUAAAAGUUGGCUCUGGUACCUCACAGUCAAGUUCUCUGCCCUCACAAGUUUCAUUUGAGACCAGAGGACCAAACGUGGAUAGUUCCAUGGACAUGUUAGUGGAAGAUAAAGUGAAGUCAGAAAGUGGUCCCCAAGGCCAUGAGAGACCUUGCUUACCUGCCAGGGUAAGCAGUGGCAGGUUCAGUGGCAAGGAGGAGCUUCCUCAAGCCAUGGAGCCCAGGCCUUCAGAGAGGAGCCUGGCUGAGAGGCCCCAAGUGGGAUCUCUGGUAUAUAGGACUUCCCCCAGCAGCACCCAGAGCCCAGCGCAUUCUCCUUGUGCCUUGCCUUUAGCCGAAUGUAAAGAGGGGCUUGUGUGCAAUGGUGCUCCAGAGACUGAAAAUAAGGCCUCAGAGCAGCUGCCAGGGCGUAGUACCCUCCAGAAGUACCCUACCCCCAAUGGGCACUGCGCCAAUGGGGAGACUGCUAGGAGCAAGGACUCACUGAGCCGCCAGCUGUCUGCCACAAGCUGCAGCUCUGCUCACUUACACUCGAGGAACUUGCACCACAAGUGGCUGCACAGCCACUCGGGGAGGGCGUCUGCAACUGGCAGCCCUGACCAGCCUUCCCGCAGCCACCUGGAUGACGACGGCAUGCCUGUGUACACGGACACUAUCCAACAGCGCCUGCGUCAGAUUGAGUCGGGCCACCAGCAGGAAGUGGAGACCUUGAAGAAACAAGUCCAGGAGCUGAGGAGUCGCCUGGAGAGCCAGUACCUGACCAGCUCCCUACGUUUCAAUGGGGACUUUGGGGAUGAAGUGAGUCCUUCAGAGAAAGGAGGACAUGCCCAAAGCACUCAGUUUCAACACACACAUACUUCAAUUCCUGACUCGGAAAGCAUUCUGGAUCAGAACUGUUUGUCUCGCUGCAGCACAGAGAUUUUCUCUGAAGCCAGCUGGGAGCAGGUGGAUAAACAGGACACGGAGAUGACCCGUUGGCUCCCUGACCACCUGGCCGCCCACUGCUAUGCAUGCGACAGCGCCUUCUGGCUUGCCAGCAGGAAGCACCACUGCAGGGACAUUGACCGUGUUGAUCAAACGUGGAAUUGUGGGAACGUAUUCUGCUCCAGUUGUUGUAACCAGAAGGUUCCAGUUCCCAGCCAACAGCUCUUUGAACCUAGUCGAGUGUGCAAGUCUUGCUAUAGCAGCCUGCAUCCCACAAGCUCCAGCAUUGACCUUGAACUGGAUAAGCCCAUUGCUGCCACUUCAAACUGAAGCUCAGUGACCUGGGGCAGGCAGAGGCCAAGCUGCUGUUCCUCUGACAGGCCCACAACAGCCUGGGCAGACUGAGAGGCCCAUGCACUUUUGAAUGGAGACAUGGAAUCAACUGUGCAGAGUGAUGGAAAUUUGGGAUGUACCACUGGAUUGUAGAUUGAUCUCUCCCUCCCCUGUAGAUUGAUCUCUCCCUCCCCAACCCACCCCCGCAUUUUUUUUCCUCUCCAUUUUCUAUCCUCCCUCUGCCUCCAAAAAUGAGACAAGUACCCUGUUUGUCUUUUUUUUUUUUUUGGAUGGAAGACCAGAGGUUGCCAGGCCCCCUAACUGUUGAACUGCCUGCUGUCAGGCGAUGCUGAGGGAUGGCUUACUUCCUCAGGAUGGGAGGAGGCUGGUUGAGUCAGGAGUGGAGGCCUGAGAUAGAGCAGGGAAUAAAGCCAGUGCUGACGUUUGUGACCAUUCCUCGUAUCACUGCCACAUCAGAGCUGACUGGAUUGGAAAAACCUUUGCUGCUGAGGACGCCGAAAGCACCUGCUCUCAGAGCAGUGCCCCAGGUGCCCUCUCCCUUCCGAGAGGGACUGGGCUAGUCCCACCCCACAGGCAGAUAAAUGGGAUUGGGGUUUGGAGGGAGGGGCACAGGCACAUAGUAAGUGGGACCCCUUAGGCGCCCCCACCCCAUUUGGGGAAAGAAGGGGUGUACUCGUGAGGCAGGGAGAGGGCUGGGAAUGGGUGGCUGGCAUAUUCUCCCCCAUGGGAUUCUCUUUUUAACUUGACCCAGAUUGUCUAGGGCUCCCCUCACUGUCAACGGUCUGCCCCCCUCAGCCAGGCUGUGUGGCGCUUUCCACCCUCAGGCAUAGGGUGCAGACUGGCCAGAGUGCAGUAUCCUGCUGCCGUGGUCAAGGCCAAAGUAUGCCCUGAGCCUGGAAGCCCCUUCCGGGGCCUGGUCCCCCAAACAAUCUCUCUUCCUCGUCUAGCACAGGGAAAUCCAGACUCAGGGUUCCAAAAAUUCCCCACUCCCAAACCAAUCAUGGAUCUCCCCCUUUAGGGGUAGAAUCAGCCUUUCAGAGUGCAGUGUCUGGAGAAGGGAGCAUGUCCCAUAGACUCAGCCUUCCUCUGCCUCCCCUUCUGGAGCAGCGGGAAGGGCCCAGUGGUCCCACUGCCCUGCUCCUGUGCUGCUGGUCAGCAGUGAGGGGCCACUUGGUGACUCUGCAGGGCUCCUUAGAGAAGUGACAAAGCCCGUAGGAGAUGCAAGGCACCUUUCCUUAGUAAGCUUUGAUGGGGUCCAAAAAGAGCCUUAAAUCAAGAAUAUUUGUGGUGGAGGUGGGUAUGGAGAAGAGUGGAGAGCAGUUUAGGUUUGUGCUUUGUGAUCUUGGCAGCCAUGUUUUGUGCCUGCCCUCCCUCUCGGGGGAAGGGCCAUGCUUGGCUCUGCUAAAAGCUGCUAACUGGUAACAGGGCGGAUUGUGGUGGGCAGUGGGGGUGAGGCCUAGGAAUACUCUCCUGACCCUCUGGAAGCAAUUCCCUGGCUAAGGGCAAGUUGUCUCUCAGGAAGGUGGCUCCUGUGUGUGCCUGGGUGUAGAUAAGACGUGGCCCAAAAGCCUUCCCUGGAGCUGUCAGUCCAGGCAAAGCCAAGAGCAUCUGAGUGCGUCUCUGACUUCCCAGUGGCAGGAGGUUGCUCAGAAUCUGAAUUUAGUGAAACAGGGUGUAAGUUCUUCGCACUCUGUGGUCUGGCCUUGCAGGUAGGGAGAAGUCAGUCUAACUGAAGAUUGUGCAGGUCCUAGUGGCAGGUGCCAAGAGGUUACGAUACGGGUUUCUUGGGUCUGAUGUACAGUGUGAAUAAAUGCUUGCAGCUCUUAGCCCUUUUUUGAUCAAUGAAGCACUUUUUUAUUAAUAUUUUUCUUUGUAUGUAAAGGAGGAACCGUAACUCUCCGUAGUUGUAUAUAUAACCCUUUUCUCCUAAAGAGGAGUUGGUCAGUGCUCCUAUAUUUUUCAUUUUUUGUCAAAGCAAGAAGUAAAUACUUUAGAACUGUUAAAUAUAUAAAUAAAGUGAAUAAAGUUUAGUGUUCCGCAUGGUAGCAUUUGCUAACACAUUCUAAUUCUUUUCCCUGUGGUUUAUUCCCCUUCAACCCAUUUCCCUCUUACACAGAAGCAAUUCGAGGUGCUGCUGAGAAAGUUAACUUUGGCAAAGGAAAACUACUGAUUUCUUUUCAACUCUGGACCUUGGCAAGGAGCCGCACCACAGUACCCACAUACUGCAACACAUUUCCUCGAUGGUUUUUGCCACUAACAUCUCCAAAGCUAAAAAGGCAAAGCAGUCUGACAUCGUAACAAUCAGCUGUUCUUCCUUAUCUGAAGGACUGUCAACAGUAAUUAAAACUACCUCUGUCCUCCAGGCUCACCUUUUGUUUUUUUUUUUCCCUCCUGUUGAUUUGAUUUUAGCCAGGGCUCUGGCCCCUUAACCCCACGCAGGGAGCAACAGCUGCACCUGUAGCAGCAGGUAAGCACUGAGGCAUGCGUGCAGUGGAGACUGAAAGGAGGUUUUGCGGGGAGGGUAGCUAGAAAGUGCCUCUGCUCUGCCUGUCUUGGAUGAGAGAAUUACGGGUGGGCAGAGAGACCUUGGGCAGAAACUGAAUUGGAUGUGAGUGGAUUGUGUGCCUAACUAGAGGUCUCCUUCCUCCUCCCACACAGAGGGAGGAACCUCUGCUCCUUAGAUCUGCAACCAGCCGAGAAGGCCGUAGUUUCUAGUCACUUCGGACUAGUUCUUGUUCUUCGCUGAGGUGGAUUUUCUUUCCUGUGUCACUCUUGGGCACCCUUCCCAUCCCGUGGGCCUGUGGGGGACAUAACGUUAUGCAGUUCUUCCUGAGGGAAGGUAGGUACUGAGUAACGCCCAGCUCUGGGGCUGCCAACCUCACAUCUGUGGUGAGUUGGGGGCUCUGAUGAGUGACCUGCUCUGAGCUACCGGAGAGCCUUCCAAGGUCACUUUCUGGAUGUACUCACUUCCUAAAGUACACACGCACUUAAAAACAGCUCAGCUGGUUCCAGUCUGAGCUGUGUGUGCCAUCUGGCAGGUGUUUGAGAACUAACUUGUCCUCUGGGAGGAGAAGGUGCCACUUCAGCUGCCUUCAGUCCAUCUGGGAGCCAAGUCUGUGCUCAGACCAAUUUGUAAAAACGUGAGUUGUGUGAUAGCCAAUGUGUGUCUGCACAGAGCUCCUGUUGUGCCUGGGGGCUAAUGCUUAGCCCUUGGCAAGUUAAAAACACUUGUAGAAUCUAGCAAGGCUGUUGGGUCCAUAGAGGGGGAGUUACUGGCGUUAGGGAAGAUGAAGAGCCAGGUGCUGGUGAGACCUACACAGUGCGAGUCAAGGCAAGGAAGUGCCCUGUGGAAGAGGGCAGUAUGUGAAGAAAAGCUGUUAUCCGAGGACACAGCCAGAUUUCUUCAGGCUGUCACAUGGAGGUAUUUGGUCUAAGCAGUGGAGUACUAACGGUGACCUUGAGAUGCCAGGAUGUCCUCUUCAUCUCUGAAUUUUUCCCGUCUUUCUGUACUUUGGUGUCCUUAAUCCCAGUCCAAAAAAUGAUAGGACUGCCUUAAUCCACUGAGACUUUCUAGUAAAGGUGUAAGUUUUUUCUUUAUUUUGCUAAUAUGCUCAUUGUUCAUUUCUGUGUUAGCAGAGAAUAAUAUUCUAAGAAUUAAAAAGGUACUGUGGGGCUUCCCUGGUGGCGCAGUGGUUGGGGGUCUGCCUGCCAAUGCAGGGGACACGGGUUCAUACCCCGGUCUGGGAAGAUCCCACAUACCGCGG